GUUGGGGAGCAGGGAGCACUGGCUGUGGUCUACAGGGUGUGGUAGUCAGCAGGUUUAGGCUGGGCCCAGGGCAGGUAUUGAGCCUUCUUGGGUUCUGCCAUUGCCUGGAGCAUGACCCCGAGAUCGUGACACCACUUGAGUGGAAUUUUCCAUGUUCCUUUUUACCUCUGAUUUGGAUCUUUUUGUUUUUGAAAAACAUUGAGAAAUUCAAUUAAAUAUGCUUUUGGAAUAAAAUGAAGUAUGUGUGUGCUUUUGUUCUGUCUUCAGUAUGACUCUCAUAACUGCCCUCUGUCCCCUGCCCUUCUCUUCCCCAUGGAGCUCUGUAUAGGCCAAUCCAGCCAAAGGGCUGGAUUACAUACUCAUCUACUCCAGCUGUCUUCCCAGAUUUACCUUCUCCUUCCUUCUAUGGGGUGAGGGUCCAGAGGCCUGCUCAGCACCAUCCUGUGCCCCUCGGAAUUUCUGUUCUCUGAGGUCCCUUCGCUCCUUUACUAAUCUGGGUAUUGGAGGCGGAGCCGCCGGCUGGCUUCGGAGCCCCACCCCCGGCUCCCAUCCAAUCACCAUCCCUUCCUCCGGGGGCUGGGUGGACAGGCUGUACUCCUAGCAGCUAGCUCCUGCACUAGGCUCUCAGCCAGGGAUGAUGCCCCGCUGCCGCCGCUGCCAACAACCACCCCGUGCCCUGAGGCCGCUGCUGUUGCUGCCCCUCGUCCUUGUACCUCGCCUGGCAGCAGCUGCAGCAGGCCCAAACCGCUGUGACACCAUAUACCAGGGCUUUGCCGAGUGUCUCAUCCGCCUGGGGGAUGGCAUGGGCCGAGGAGGCGAGCUGGAGACCAUCUGCAGGUCUUGGAAUGACUUCCAUGCCUGUGCCUCUCAGGUCCUGUCAGGCUGUCCGGAAGAGGCAGCUGCAGUGUGGGAGUCACUACAGCAAGAAGCUCGCCGGGCCCCCCACCCGAAUAACUUGCACAUGCUGUGCGGCACCCCAGUGCAUGUUCAGGAGCACAGCACAGGCUCCGAAACCAACCAGGAGACACUGAGGGCAACAGCGCCUGCACUCCCUAUGGCCCCUGCACACCUGUUGCUGGUGGCUGCUCUGGCCCUGGCCUACCUCCUGGGGCUUCUGUCCUAGCCUGUCGGGUAAGGUGGCAGUGGCCAGGCCUCCAGCCCUGCUCUGGAGGUGGUUUUCCAGGCUCUGCAGAGCGCAGCAGGGCUUUUCAUUAAAGGUAUUUAUAUUUGUA